AUGGCAGGAGCUACUACUGGUCCCUUGUACAUGGGCUUUGAUCUAUCGACGCAGCAAUUGAAAGGCAUCGUCGUUGACUCUAAUCUGAAGUUGAUUCACGAAGCAAAAGUCGACUUUGAUGCACAUCUCAGCAAAUAUGACAUCGAAAAGGGAGUGCUCACGAACCCUUCCGAAGGCGAAGUCUUUGCACCACCAGCUAUGUGGUUAGAAGCCGUUGAUUUGGUCCUCGAUCGCUUAAAGCAAGCCGGUCUGGACUUCAGCAGAGUGAAGGGUAUCUCUGGAGCGGGUAUGCAACAUGGCACGGUCUUCUGGUCACACGAAGCAGAGCACAUUCUCGCCAACUUGGACUCUGGAAAGUCGUUGAUCGAGCAAUUGGAGCCUGGAAGUAAAGGCGAGAGGAAAGGUGCUUUUGCCCAUCCGAUGAGUCCGAAUUGGCAGGAUGCCAGUACGCAGAAGCAAUGCGAUGCCUUUGAUGCUGAGCUUGGCGAUCCUGAGAUUCUGGCGAGAGUGACUGGCAGCAAGGCGCAUCAUCGUUUCAGUGGACCACAGAUUCUUCGGUAUCGGACGAAGUAUCCGGAUCAUUAUGAAAAGACGGCGAGGAUAUCGCUGGUGUCAUCUUUCCUGGCGUCCAUCUUUCUUGGCCGAGUGGCACCGAUCGACAUUAGCGAUGUAACGGGCAUGAAUCUCUGGGAUGUCAACAAUGGCACCUGGAACGAUACUUUGCUUGCCCUCGCAGCGGGUUCAACAGAGGGCGUUGCUGAGCUGAGAAAAAAACUUGGCGAUGUGCCAGAAGACGGUGGGAAAGCAUUCGGCACUGUGAGCAAGUACUUCACAGGACGCUAUGGAUUCCCGCCAGACUGUAACAUCACUCCCUUCACCGGCGACAACCCAGCAACGAUCCUCGCACUUCCCCUUCGGCCGUCGGACGCAAUGGUGUCGCUUGGCACCAGCACAACCUUCCUUAUGAGCACACCCGAGUACAAACCAGACCCAGCCUACCACUUCAUGAACCAUCCCACAACACCAGGCCUAUACAUGUUUAUGCUCUGCUACAAGAACGGCGGCCUCGCCCGCGAGCAGAUCCGGGAUCAACUGGACAACACGAAAUCGUGGGACACCUUCAACGACACAGCUCUAUCAACACCGCCUUUAAGUCAAACCUCCGACUCCGACCCCAUGAGAUUGGGCCUGUACUUCCCUCGGCCAGAGAUCGUCCCCAAUGUCCCAGAAGGCCAAUGGCGAUACAGCUACCAUCCCACCGCAAAAGACCUCAAACCCUCGUCAUCAACCUCCAAAGCAGACGAUGCCCGCACAAUCCUCGAAUCCCAAUUCCUCUCCCUCCGCCUCCGCUCCCAAGCCCUCGUCAAGCCCUCCAACGACCUCCCCGCCCAACCCCGCCGCGUCUACCUCGUAGGCGGCGGCUCUGCCAAUCCAGCCAUUGCCAAGAUCUGCGGCGAAGUUCUGGGAGGCGUGGAAGGUGUGUAUAAGCUCGAUAUCGGGGGUAAUGCGUGUGCGCUGGGGGCGGCGUAUAAGGCUGUUUGGGGUUGUGAGAGGACGAAGGGUGAGACGUUUGAGGAGUUGAUUGGUAAUCGCUGGGACGAGGGGGCUUUUGUGAAGAAGAUUGCGGAGGGGUAUACGCAGGGAACGUUUGAGAGGUAUGGGGAGGCUGUGGAGGGGUUUGAUGCGAUGGAGAAGAGGGUAUUGAGCGAGGUUGGGCGGGAGGGAAAGUGA